UGCUCUGAUCUGAUCUGCUUUGCAAAAGGAAAACAAAGGGUGUGUUAUAGUGUUUUUAAGUGUCAGCUGCAGCUGAUGAGGUGACACCCUGAGGAUGGAGCUGGAGAACGUGUACUAUAACAAGGGCGACUUCGUGGAGACGGCGUCGGGCAACAAGGUGUGCCGACAUACGGUGCUCUGCGGCUCGCAGAACAUCAUCCUGCACGGCAAGGCGAUCGUGCAGCAGGACGCCAUCAUCCGCGGCGACCUGGCCAACGUACGCUCUGGCCGCUACUGCAUCAUCAGCCGAGGCGUGGUGCUGCGGCCACCGUUCAAGAAGUUCAGCAAGGGUGUCGCCUUCUUCCCCCUGCAAAUCGGCGACCACGUCUUCUUCGGCGAAGGCAGCGUCGUCAACGCCGCCGUCAUUGGCAACUACGUGUACAUUGGCAAAAACUGCAUCAUCGGCCGGAGGUGCGUGCUCAAGGACUGCUGCUACAUUGCAGACAACACGGUGCUACCUCCCGAGACGACAGUGCCGGCCUUUGCUCACGUCGCCGGCUCCCCUGGUGCCGCCGUCGCCGAGCUGCCUGAGUGCACGCCAGACCUGAUGACCGAGUUCACUAAGAGCUUCUACCAGCACUUUGUGCCCCACGCUCUCUGCUGAUCAUUUAAUAUGAACUCAAUACUUGCGCUUUGUUACUAAAUUUAUUUAUUGUAGUAGUCGCAAAAUUAAACUUAUCUUCUAAAAUAGAA